AUGAUGUCUGCUACAGUGACUGAAAAACGUCAGGAUGACAUCGAAGACGAGAUCAACGUCAUUUCCAGAGAAGCCAUACAUUCUCACAAUAACUCUCGGAACCAUAUUGAAAGCACUGCUCGACUGUUGGAAAAUAGACUAGGUGACUCACAUGUCAACAUCUUACCCAAGAAGAAACUUAUCAUUUGCAUGCUAGGCAUGUCAGUAAGUUUGUUUGCUGUCUUUUGUGACCAAACUUCCGUCACCGUGGCUCUUCCUGUGAUUGGAAGGGAUCUCAAUGCUGAAAAUACCAUCAACUGGGCGGGAACAUCUUCUCUUUUGGCCAACUGUGUUACUCAGGUGCUUUUUGGCCGCUUUGCCGACAUCUUUGGAAGAAAGACUAUGCUUCUUGGUUGUCUUGGCCUUCUCUUAGUCUCCAACAUGCUCUGUGGUUUUGCCAAAACCGGUCCGCAAUUCUAUGUUUUCCGUGCCUUCGCUGGUAUUGGAGGUGGAGGUUCACAGUGUCUAGCAAUGGUAAUUGUCAGUGAUGUGGUCACCUUAAAGCAGAGAGGAAAAUACCAGGGCAUUUUGGAAUCUAACGUGGCUUUGGGAAACAUCUGUGGACCACUCAUUAUGGGUGCCUUUGUCAAACGUUCCAGCUGGAGAAACUUCUACAGAACCCUUCCUCCCGUCAUUGCUUUGGUGAUGGUGGUGGUGUAUUUUGUAGGGAACAGUAAGAAAGACGAGCAACCUUCUGUUCUUACCGGCAAAGAAAAGUUUCGAAAGAUUGAUUACUACGGCUUGUUCUUCGCGACUGCUGGAUUGACCUUGUUGUUGAUUCCAAUUUCUGGGGGUGGAAGCACUUAUGCCUGGAACUCUACCUUGGUUAUUGUCAUGUUCGUUCUCGGAGGAGUAUUGCUUUUGCUGUUUUUGUUAGUCGAAUGGAAGAUCCCAGAGCUUCCAAUGAUCCCCCUCUACAUCUUCAAGAACGGCUCAUUGAGCCUCCUAUUGUUUACCACCUUCUUGUAUGGAAUGGUGUACUACGGCCUAUUGUAUAUCGUCGCCUACUACUUUCAAUUGGUCAGAGGGUUCACCGAGAUGCGCUCUGCAAUUCUAUUGCUUCCAUUGGUGAUUCCGCAGUCGGUUAUGUCUGCUGUCGCUGGUAGUAUAAUAUCACAUAUUGGACACUUUUUGCCCAUCAUGUAUGCUGGCUACCUGUUCUGGCUUGCUGGUUGCGGAAUGACUAUUGCAUGGAAUAGACACACGUCUGUUGCAAUGAUGGCGGGUACAUUGUGGUUGAUUGGAUCAGGGUUUGGCUUCAUUUUCCAGCCAACCAUAGUGGCUGCACAAGCCAAUUCCACAAAGGCUCAGAGAGCAGUAGUGAUCAGUACUAGAAACGUGUUGAGAUCUUUUGGAGGUUCGUUGGGUAUAGCUAUUUCCUCUUUGAUUAUUACCAACUCGUUUAUAAAAGAGAUCAACAAGCAGCUUCAGGAAGAAAACCUUCCUCAUGAUUACUUGUACUCAUUGAAGAACUCCAUCUAUGCUCGGGUUGAUAUGUCUAAGUUGACAUCGACGCAGGUCGAAUUGAUAAGAUCGAUGUAUAUGACAGCCAUCAGAAAUGUCUUCUACUUUUAUCUUCCAGUCAUUGGAUUGUGUUUCUUGUCGGUGUUUUUCGUAAAAGAUAACGGUUUGAGAUGUUUGGAUGAAAGGGACCCUGAUGAGAAGGUUGUCGAGGAGAAAUAG